UUCAGGUCCCUUCUCCAAAUUGAGGAGCAUUGGAUUAGGUCAGUAAUGAAACUUACUUCAACUCUUAACUCCUCUGGGUGUUGGUGUUUUAGGGGUUGGUGACCUUCAAGGAUGUGGCUGUGGACUUUAGCCCAGAGGAAUGGGGUUUGUUGGACCGGAUCAGAAAGAGCUGCACAAGGAGGUCAUGCUGGAGAAUGCCAAGAACUUGCUCUCCCUGGGACUUCCAGUUCCCAGAGAAGAUUUCAUCUCCCAUGUGGAAAGAGGAGACCUGAGGAACUCAUGUACUGAUUCAGAGACAUGGUUUGAUAUGAAGGAGAUGAAUGCAAAUCUGAAAAUGAUCUCAAAGAAAGACCUUUUUCAAUAUAGUGAAUAUAGGGCUGUUUUUGCUAAGCACAAUAGAAACCGUAUUAGAAAGGAACACUGUGAAAGGAAUACACACAAAAAAGCUUUAAGAAAGAGUUCCAGGGUUGCUAAAGAUAAGAAUAUACAUCCUGAAGAGAAGACACCCGAGUGUCAUGAAUGUGAUAAAUCUUUUCUUGUACGCUUUUCCCUUGCCAAGCAUCAGAAGAUCCCUGCUGGAGAGAAGCCUUAUAAAUGUAAGAAACAUGGAAAGGCUUUGAGAGAGCGAUCUACUGCUAAACAUGAGAGAAUUCACACGGAAAAACAAUCUUACAAAUGUAAUCAAUGUGGAAAGGAUUUCCAGUGUAAUUCCAAAUUGGCUCAACAUCAGAGAAUUCACACUGGAGAGAAGCCUUAUAAAUGUAAGGAAUGUGGAAAAGCUUUCAUACAUCAUCCCAGUCUUAGAAUCCACACUGGAGACAAGCUUUAUCAUUGUAAUGAAUGUGGAAAGGCUUUCUACAAAGAGCUCUUACCUUGUAGUACAUCAGAGAAUCCACACUGA